UUUAAAUUUAGUAAUUGACAAUUGACGAAGAAAGCGCACAAGGCAAAGACCCCAGUGUUUGUUGUGUUGUGGAUAGCAGAAGAAUCUGGCUGCAACCAGUGUGAAAAUAUCUCCUGACAGCCAAAUUUUUUAACUCUUAUUCUUCUGUUAAUCAUGUCGUUCAAAUUUGGUACUACAUCUACAUCAACACAACCAUCUUUGUUUGGCACAACACCAACCACCCAGUCUUCAGGAUUUGGUGGCUUUGGCAGCGCCGGAACGACUGGAGGGACCACUGGAGGAUUUGCACUUGGUUCUUUUGGCACAACCACCACCACAAGUGCUAGUACUGGCUUUGGAAGCUUUGGUGUGGGAACAGCAACCACGUCAGCUCCAUCAUUGUUCAGCGGUUUUGGUACCACAUCUACAUCUGCAUCACCGUUUUCUUUCAGUACUGCAACCACUUCAGCUCCAAGUGCAGCAGGUUUUGGGGGUUUCGGGACGACUGCAACUGGAGGUUUUGGUAGUGGGCUUGGAACUACAGGAACAAGUUCAGGUUUUUCCCUUGGAGGAUUUGGAAGCACUGGUGGAGCGAGCACCUUUGGAGCAACAGGAGCUGGGACUUUUGGCGCCCCAAAUGCUGCAGGUGGAGUGGCUGCAAAUGCUCAAAAUGCUGUGCCCAGCGAGGAAGCAAACUUGACCGCCACAGCAAUGGCUGUGUCUCUGCCACAGAUCUAUGGAGAUGAAAGGGACGCAAUCAUCGCCAAAUGGAAUCAGUUGCAAGCUUAUUGGGGAACCGGAAAAGGGUUUUAUUCUUCAAAUGGAGUGGUGGAGUUCAAGCCAGAAAAUCAUUUUUGUCGAUUUAAGGCUUUAGGCUAUCAUCUGAUUCCUAAGGGGAACAACGAGGCAGGCCAGGUGGCGCUGGUACUUGCCAAGAAGGAGACGGAUGUUUUAGCGGCCCAGCAGCAGAUUGUGGAUACCCUGCACAAGAUACUGGGCAGCAAGCCCACCCUUAAUAUCUGUGUGGAAGGGGUCAAAUCCAUGCCAGAGGACAGGACAGAGAUUGUCAUCUAUGUGUUGGAGCGACCAGCGACGGGACCCGCCAAGCGGGUUCCUGCCAGUGACUUGUUCAACUUCUUGAACCAGCCCACACAGAAGACACAAGUCUCGAGUCAGUUGAAUGUGGAGAGUAUCUUGCCCAAAGUGGGAUGGAGUGAUGAGCAGCUGAAAGAAUAUUUGGACAAAGCGCCAUCUGGUGUGGAUCCUCUCUUGUGGGAACAGGCCAAGCUGGACAACCCAGACCCAGAGAAGUACAUCCCGGUGCCGAUGAUCGGCUUCAAGGAACUGCAGAGGAGGCUCAGGCACCAGGCGGAGCAGACCAAACUCUACCAGCAGCGCUUGGAUGUAAUAGCUGGCGAUCUGACGGACCUGCAGACUCAACACAGCACCAUGCUGUCCAAACUGGAGGACUGCAAGAGGAAAGACCUGGAGCUGGGGCAUAGGCUGCUCAAGGUGAUUGUGAAGCAGGAGGUCUAUCGUAAGAUGGGCUACGCCAUCCAGGUGGAGGAGGAGACUCUCAAGGUACAGCUGGAGCAGCUACAAGGCGAGCUCAAUCAUCCCACACAGUUCAAGGGCCGACUGAAUGAGCUGAUGUCUCAGAUGCGCAUGCAAAUCCAGACGGGGUCAGGUCGCUCUGAGCAGGGCUACAACAUGGACACAGAGACACAAGUGGAGAUAAAACAGAUCUUGAAGCAGCAGCAGGAGGGUCUCCAACACCUGAUCAACAUCAUCAAGGAGGACGCCACCGACCUGCAGCUCAUUGAACAAGGGAUAUCCAAAACACAAAGCCGAUGAACCUUUUGUGAAAGCAGAGAGAAUGUGCUUUUGUCGUGAAAAGAAUGGAAGUGAGAGGGGCAAAUGUGAAUGUAAUAUAUUAUUGAAGUAAUAGACGAGGGUUAUGAGUCAAGUGAGAAAUUUGAUUAUCAUAGGGCUUGUAACUGACUGUCGUUAUUGCUGCUUGAGAAAAUAAAGACACUGGUGUACAUCAGUCAUGAAUUUGUCCUGGGUGAUUCAGAAAUGAACAACUUCAGGAAUUUUGCCUGAAAUCAUGAUUUUUGUAAAUAUUUUCCUUGAAACUUGAAAUUUGCAUUAUUGGCCUAGCGGUUAGGCUCUUGGACUCGCAACCGUAAGGUCGCUGGUUCAAAUCCCAUCUGGGGCCCACGUUGUGUCCUGGAUAAAGGCACUUUAGCGCACCGAGCAUCACUCCCGCAGCAUACGCGGUCCGGUAAAAUUCACGCUGGGGACCACAUAUGCUGGUUCAACUAUAAUUGACUAUAAAGUAAACCCAGCAGUUUAAAAAUGCUUGCAAAGCCUCAGUUGUUUAAAAACAGAAUAUCGACAAGCUAGUUCUUUGUGGUUUGUGUAUAUUCACCACUUUUAGUGCGAAUAAACGGGUUAUUUGUCCAACGGACUGAACAACUGAAAGUAAGAAA